AGGUGUCUGAUGCAAAAAAGUAAGAAUUGUUGAUCGUUUUCUUUUUGAUAUUGCGAACUAGAUUUGGAAUGUUCAAACUACAGAAACUACCACAGAAACAAAUAGUUUGUAAUUUGAGUAGACGUCCGAACAAGAUUCAGAUUGAUAGGUGAAAAUAUGACGAAAUCAUAAAUGUUGCAGUGAUUCGUUGCUUUUCUGAAACUCUCACACAUUUUUUCAUAAUAUUAGAGGAAGCGGAAGGAGAAUAUGGCAAUAAGCAACAAGAUGAUGGGAUCGAAAAAGUUGAAGAUCUUCGUUUUUUCGCUUCUUGCGACCACAAGUGAAAUCGCGCUGGUAGAUGCAGGUUCGCCUGGAGUCGGACGACUUGCGAACGAAUUACCGACUCCCAAAGAGCUUUUACAGAAGCUCAUGCAGGAAGAAACAUCGAAUGACAAACACACGUCUAGAACUUCUAAAGAAGAAAAACCGCACUCGGCCGUUCCGAAAGCACCGACUAAGGAUGAAGCAGAUGAAGUAGAUAUGGAUCCCGAAGUGUCUGCAAACGCAGCGAUCAAAAUCGCACGCGUAAAAAAUAAAAAUAGCGCAGUGGACGAGGUUGCCCACCACAUUCUAGAAAAACUAUUAACCGAAAUGGAGACGGACGCCGAUCCAAAAUUCCAGAAUAAACCAAUAAGUGUUGGAGCGCAUCAUUGGUCAAGUGCGGCCGCCUCAGUACAGUCGCCCUCCGUCGAUCGUAGCCACCGCACUCCAGGAAACGCAAAGGAGUACUAUGGUUUUCCGCAACAUGAUGCUGGUCAACACGGUAUUCAUUCUUCUUGCGGUUCUGGUGCUCAUCGGGGUCCAGCUAUUACAGACCGCCAUCAUUUUCCGGCAGGUGGGCUUUACGACGCAAACUCGGGGUUGCCAAUGACUCAGGCACAGGUAUCAGCGGCUGCAGCUGCAAGCAUAGUCCGCGAUGCGUGCAUAAAAAACGACAUCGAAUCCCUAAAGGGUUCAACACGAGCAGCAGCAGAAGAGCAGACUUCGGUUUAUCGUCAAGAAAUGUCUCAUCCUGCACAAGAACGAUCUAGAAUAUGUAGUGACCAACACGCAGCAGGAUCAUCGUACUCUUAUUACGGUGGUGCCGCUUCUGCGCCCGAUUUUUCCUCUCAAUGCCAACGUCGUAGUGCGUAUGAUCAAGAUCAACACGGAUCAUACCAGGGUCAACCUGCAUCUCCUAGUGGUCCAUGGCCCGCGGGUUUCAUGCCCUUACCGCAAGCAUACUACGGAAACCCGGAUUAUGACGCUCCGCAUCAAAGGCAAUUGCGGGAGCAUGGUUGGACCGGUCCAAAUGCGCGGGAGUACCCGUUCCGAGGUUGUGAGAGAGUGGACGACACUGCAACUUCUGGAGCUUCGAUGCACGACAAUCAGUUUUUCCCCUGCAAAGGCGGUGGAAACCGCAGUUCUUACUUCGACGCAUCACAUAAUGCAUAUCCAUCUACUCCAACAGGAUAUGCAUUUGGUUUCGCCGACAAUGGAGGCCAAAGUGUGCUGUUACUGCCUGCUUCUCCAGGAAAGGGCGUUCAUGCGCCUCUAAAUGGAGGGCGGAGACAUGCUGGUUCGUCGAAGGGCCAACGACAGCAAUUCAUUGCAGAAUCAGCGGACAUGAUGGCUGACUCGGUCGGCACUGUGGGUGAUGCUGCUCGCCUAUGGAAGGAAACGCAAAAUGUGAGCAUCGGAGGCUCUCAAAAUCCGAUCUCCGCUUCAAGUUCAGGCCUUUCGCUAACUAGACGUCCACCAGGAUUGAGCUUGAGGCGAUCUGAUCGUAGUGGACUAGAACAGAGUGUUGACUUGUUUCGGAACUAUAACGCCGGCAUGACAUCGACAAAGCAAGAACAAGGAGACACAAGCACUUUUGGUACAGGCGGAGCUGCUUCAUCAGUUGCAGGAGGCGGAAAACAGGACCCUCAGACCAAGAAGAAGAAUUAUACGAAACCGGAAAGCUCGAACAAAGCCGAAGGGCAUUCGCAAACUCGAGGUACAGAAAGCGUGCUGCAGGAAGAUUCAAAUGUCCGUAGCCGUGGAAAAGGGAACAAAAGUGCUGCUGCUACUUCCGUAGAAGAACCUACUGCUCCUGCAGUAUCCGCAGAACAUCAACAUUUGCCAACAUCUUCUCACGCGACUUCUGAAAGGGACGACGAAUGGGGAUCAUUUCAGGGUGGAGGCCAUUGGUGGAGGAAUGGAAAGGGUAAAAAAUCACGUUGGUGGUAAGCGUAAGCCAGCUAGGCCAAGCUGCGCUGCACUGUCUUGCUUAAUACCCAUUUCAGGUUUAGUCUGUGUCUAUCAUGUUAAUGAAUAAUAUGCAACAAAAUAAAAAUUCGUAUUUUUUUCAGAUUGUCAUACACUACAGGCUGUGAAUGCGCUGCUUCCGUACUCUUUAGUAGUGUUUGUUACAACUACAUCUUGACAUUUUUUGCUGUACCAUUCUAGAAGUUGCGAACAAUUGCUACAAAUAACUAGUUCCUUAGAACAAGUAGUAGUAAAGAUCGCACCAACGUCGACACGCGCAUAUACAACAUGGGACGAUCAAAAGAUGGCGUCUUCGAGAGCACUCGAGUGGUGAUGAUGAACAAGAAUAUCAGGAAAUUAUCAUCUCGUGGCUGAAGAAGUAGUUACAUGAAUAAAGUGCAUGAAUUUCGGAAGCAAUGGUCGCGACUCACGCAGGAAGACAUCGGAGAAUCCAGGAUUCAUAUGAGCCCAUGAUUAGUAGCUAGUUGUAUGUCUAUGUGAAUGUCGAAUAUUUUUUCGAUUAUUGAAGUUUUCAUCUCCACUAGCUAUGCCACGGCAAACAAGCCAAAAUACCUUGCCAAGAUGAUGUAAAUAUUUGCUGCAGCAUUAACUCAUGCGUUGACUUUGGAGCUGUAGGUCCCGAUUCGGUAUGCAUCUCUGAUUCUUUCGACGCUAGUGCGUUUUUUGUUAACGCUCUGUAGUAAGCGCAGUAGUAAAGCGGUGGUGUUACAUGGAAAGAAUGAAGUAAGAAAG